UCAACUACAAUACGAAUUAUAACCUAAAAAGUAAACAAUACUUUUUCAAAGUUCUACUUCUAUAACCUAAAAAGAAAAUCUAUCACAUUUGUAUUGUUAAAACAACCAUAAAAUGUUGGAACCGUGGAAUAAUAGAAAUCUUUUACCUCCACCAGUUCAAACAUGUUAUUGUGACGAGAAAAUUGAUACAAGAUAUUUAAAGCAAGCAUGCACGAAUGCAGUGAAUAUUUUGUCUAAGCAAUCUCCAUUGCAUAAUGAAAGUGCUUUACUUUCAAGAUUUAUUUAUAAAUACGACAAAAAGUUUCGUAAUGAUAUUGGAUAUCGUAUAUUUAAAAAAAUAAAUACUACUCUUCGGAGGUAUUUAAUGUUAAAUGUCAUGAAAGAUAUUGAAAACUUUGCAUCAGUUUUACCCAUUGAAACUGAUGAGUAUUUACCAACCCGGCAGAUGUUGCAGUAUGUGUUGGUGAGACUUGUGUCUUUCUCAAAACUUAUGUUAAGGAUAUCAGUUUGUUGCAAACAAGCAGCUAUUUUUUAUUUAGAUAGAGUAAAAAGAGGUGAAAGUCACUGGAUGUCACUGAUGCCAUAUGCAUUACUAAGCAGAAUAUGGUCAUUAAGUAAUGUUUUACUUCAGCAUUCUUGUAGUUGGUAUGCACAAAUGUAUCCAUUUUUAGAAAAUCUUCAAUUAAAAGGUUUACCAUUUUUACCAGAUGGUUAUGAACUUCCAGUUAAUUUACUAGACUGGCUAGAUUUAAAAAAUCUUGAAAACCUUGGCCGCUUCCAUUGGGCUCACAAAGAAGUAAUCAAAGUUGAUCAAAUUUUAAAUGAAGAUUCUGAAAGUAAUACAAUGGAUAGUUUAAUGAUGUACAUAAAUGAAAUAAAUAAAGACAAUGAACAAAUAGAAAUGAAAUCUCUACCUUCUGAACACAUUCACGAAACACCUGUACAUACUAUUGAGAAAUAUGUGGACAAAGGUGAGGUCAUAUCAAGAGAAUAUUUUAAAGGUGUAGACAGCGGUGAAGCCAUAUCUAGAGAACAUUUUAAUAGUGUAGAGAAAGGUGAGGCUAUGGCCUCAAAAGAACACUUUAAAAGUUUCUUUGAACCACCUAAGAAAGAAGUUAAAGCAAAAAAGGGUGCUUAUUAUCAUUCGUUGGACAGAGUAACCAACACUAAAACUUUAGCAGAGUUUGUAAAUAAGGAGGAAACAUAUAGAUAUGAACAGAACACAAUGUCAUUAACCACACAUUUGACGUUCAUGCAAUGGCAAGCUUUAAAAUCAUUAUUACUAAGGCUCUGUGAAGACAAUCUUAGUAAUAACAGGAAGAUUCAAAGGAAAUUCUUGCAAAUAUGGAAAAAGAAAUGUGUAGAAAUGAGCUAAAAAGAACGAAAAACCGUUAAUUUUAU